CUCCGGCUCCCGGCCGGAAACAAGAGGCUGCCGGGGCGGGCGGGCUGGCAUCUCCUUUCCGGCCGGUCCCCAUGGAGGCGUUGGGGAAGCUCAAACAGUUCGAUGCCUACCCCAAGACUCUGGACGACUUCCGGGUCAAGACCUGCGGGGGCGCCACGGUGACCAUCGUCAGCGGCCUUCUCAUGCUGUUACUGUUCCUGUCGGAGCUGCAGUAUUACCUCACCACAGAGGUGCAUCCUGAACUCUACGUGGACAAGUCACGGGGAGAUAAACUGAAGAUCAACAUCGAUGUUCUUUUCCCGCACAUGCCUUGUGCCUAUUUGAGCAUUGAUGCCAUGGAUGUGGCUGGGGAGCAGCAGUUGGAUGUGGAACACAACCUGUUCAAAAAACGACUAGACAAGGAUGGCAUCCCCGUGAGCUCAGAGGCUGAGAGGCAUGAGCUUGGGAAAGUCGAGGUGACGGUGUUUGACCCAGAUUCCCUGAAUCCUGAUCGCUGUGAGAGCUGCUAUGGUGCUGAGUCGGAAGACAUCAAGUGCUGUAACACCUGUGAAGAUGUGCGGGAGGCCUACCGCCGUCGAGGCUGGGCCUUCAAGAACCCAGACACUAUUGAGCAGUGCCGGCGAGAAGGCUUCAGCCAGAAGAUGCAGGAGCAGAAGAAUGAAGGCUGCCAGGUGUAUGGCUUCUUGGAAGUGAACAAGGUGGCUGGAAACUUUCACUUUGCCCCUGGGAAGAGCUUCCAGCAGUCACAUGUUCAUGUACAUGCUGUGGAGAUCCAUGACUUGCAGAGCUUCGGUCUUGACAACAUCAACAUGACCCACUACAUCCAGCACCUGUCGUUUGGGGAGGACUACCCGGGCAUUGUGAACCCCCUGGACCAUACUAAUGUCACUGCACCCCAAGCCUCCAUGAUGUUCCAGUAUUUCGUGAAGGUGGUGCCCACAGUGUACAUGAAAGUAGAUGGGGAGGUGCUAAGGACAAACCAGUUCUCUGUGACCAGACACGAGAAGGUCGCCAAUGGGCUGCUGGGUGACCAAGGACUUCCUGGAGUCUUCGUGCUGUAUGAGCUCUCGCCCAUGAUGGUGAAACUGACAGAGAAGCACAGGUCCUUCACCCACUUCCUGACGGGUGUGUGUGCCAUUAUCGGGGGCAUGUUCACUGUGGCUGGCCUCAUCGAUUCGCUCAUUUACCACUCAGCCCGUGCCAUCCAGAAGAAAAUUGACCUAGGGAAGACAACGUAGUCAUCUUUCCCCUUGGUUUUUCUUUCUCCUAUUUGUCUUUGGCCUGUGGUUCUAUUCCUCAGCCUUUUCCAUCCCCCACACUCCCCAUCUCCCCAACCCCAGGUUGAUAAAUUUUGAUUGUGAUAGUA